AUGCACCCCUUUCGCAACAAAGGGUGGCUGCUAUAUGAUGAUAUGUAUACCAUCUUGGGAGAAAACAGUGGCGCUUGUGGAAGGCAUGCCUUCCACCCUGCUACCACAGCCCCUGCCUCCAUUGAUGUUGAUAUAGAUGAUGUGCUUGAUGGGGGGCUUGCCCUUCUUGAUGUAGAUGGGGGAAGCACGUCUGCUGGAGCUGCUGGCCCUAGCAAUGUGCCAGACAUGAGCGUCGACCUGAUGAUGCCACCUAGCACCCUGUUCCUUGCAACCUCCACUGCUACUGGCUCCCAGUCCAGCAUGUUGGCAUUUGGCGUCUCCAAUACCUUUCUUGUCUCUUCUUGCUUCCUGGUACUAUACAGUGAUUCACCUUCGUUACUCAGCCACACGAUUAUGUAA